AUGCAAGCCAACUGUAGUCAACUGCACAGCCCUGCAGGAGCUGCAGGCGGUGAGAAUGCCUCAGCCUCCCAAUGUGUCCAAACAAGACUGACAGGAGAAGCUUCCUGUCUUUAUUCUGAAGAUGUUCAUAUCCAGAUAAACUCCCUACCUAAAGAAUGUGCUGAAAAUCCAGGCUCCAGAAAUACAAGGUCAGGUGUCCACAGCUGUACGCAUGGAUGUGUACAUAGUCGCUUACGGAGCCACUCCCACAACGAAGCCAGGCAACCUGAUGAUAGCGACAGGGAGUAUGGAGAUCAUGGUAGCAGCUCCUUCUCAGAAUUCCGGUAUCUCUUCAAGUGGUUGCAGAAGAGUCUUCCAUAUAUUUUGAUUCUGGGUGUCAAACUUGUUAUGCAGCAUAUAACAGGAAUUUCUCUUGGAAUUGGGCUGCUUACAACUUUUAUAUAUGCAAACAAAAGCAUUGUAAAUCAGGUUUUUCUAAGAGAAAGGUGCUCAAAGAUUCAGUGUGCUUGGUUACUGGUAUUCUUAGCAGGAUCUUCUGUUCUUUUAUAUUACACCUUUCAUUCUCAGUCACUUUAUUACAGCUUAAUUUUUUUAAAUCCUACUUUGGACUAUUCAAGCUUCUGGGAAGUACUUUGGGUUGUUGGAAUUACAGACUUCAUUCUGAAAUUCUUCUUCAUGGGCUUAAAAUGCCUUAUUUUAUUGGUGCCUUCUUUCAUCAUGCCUUUUAAAUCCAAGGGUUAUUGGUAUAUGCUUUUAGAAGAAUUAUGUCAGUAUUACCGAACUUUUGUUCCCAUACCAGUUUGGUUUCGUUACCUUACGAGCUGUGGGGAGUUUGGUAAUGUAACUAGAUGGAGCCUUGGGAUAUUGCUGGCUUUACUCUACCUCAUACUAAAACUUCUGGACUUUUUUGGACACCUGAGAACUUUCAGACGGGUUUUGCGAAUAUUUGUUACACGACCAAGUUAUGGAGUCCCUGCCAGCAAGAGACAGUGUUCAGACGUGGAUGAUAUUUGUUCAAUAUGUCAAGCUGAAUUUCAAAAGCCAAUUCUUCUCAUCUGUCAGCAUAUAUUUUGUGAAGAGUGCAUCACCUUGUGGUUUAACAGAGAGAAGACCUGUCCGCUGUGCAGAACUGUGAUCUCAGACCAUAUAAACAAGUGGAAAGAUGGCGCCACUUCAUCACAUCUUCAGAUAUACUAG